AUGGAUUAUUACCACGAACAUCACAAAAAAGGGCCAUUCGUCGUGGCUUUUCUUCUCAUACUCGUCACGAUUCUCACUGGAGUGGCCACUUUCACCAAUUGUCCGUUGAUUUUUGGAAUUUGAGAAAAAAUUCAACAGUUUAGACUGGGCAACACUCAGCGUUUUUGGCGCCAAUGCAGGUCACAUGGGACUGUACGCUUGGUUCAAGAGCGGUGCCAAUGACGCCUUCAAUGUGAGUUUAUGAUAUUUAAUUCGUUCCAAUCUUCUCUUUGGAAUUCCUCAAAGGCCCAGGUCACACUUUAGUCUAUCAAAUGAAGAUCCUAAAACUCCAAAAAGGCAUACCUUUCGAGAAAAAAAAAAACUGAAGCCUUAAAAUGAACCAUUUGUGCGGCUCAAUUAUUGAAAGUUGAAUACUUUUCAUCGACUUUUGUGUUUUUCGGAGCUGAAGAAAAUCAUAUUUUGAUUUUUCACCCUCUGUCCGGAUCGACAGAAAAAAAAAGAAGAGCUUACAAAUUCAAGUCUUUCGCAUUUUUCUUUUUUUAUUUUGCGUUUCGAAUUAAAAAAAUGUAGGUUUUCUACAAAAACACUGACAUUUUUUUCUCACAUUUUUUUGGCGGAAACAUUAUUACCUUUCAAAAAAACUCAAAGAAAAAUCUUCUUUUCAAUUUCACAUAAAAUUAUUCCAGGCGCAACCAGGAUGGUGGAAAUGCACUGUAGUCACCAUGUUGAUGGCUUUUUCUUUCGAGCUUCUCUUCUGCAUCCUCGUGAUUCCUUCGAUGUGAGUUUGACAAUUUCGAUACAUGGAAUUCAAACAUAAUUUGUAGACUGUUUUAUAUUUGAAUGCCUAAUGUUGCAAACCCAAUCAUUUGAAAACCUUCCAGUUGAAAAAAUGUUUUAUUUGAAUUUGAUGCUUCCCUUUGCUUGCUCUAAAGCUCAAACCGUAUUUGGUCGGAUGAAGAAGAUAUUUUAUCGAUUACGUGAAAACGAAAAAGGGAAGCUUCAUCAAAAUAACAAUAAACUUUGACACGCUAAACUUAAUUUUUUCUUCUACUUUUUUUUGUUUUCAGCCUUUUCCGCAAACACAUCCAUGGACAUGCUCUCAACGCUCUUCUGUCAAUAAUCAUCGCCAUUUUACUGUUUGUUGGCAUCAUCACCUUUGCUGUGAAAGUUGGAAGUAAUAUAAUGAAAGACUCACCAAUUUGACAUUUCCUUUUUUCAGGUUUCAAUGUGGCUGGCAUUAGCGUUCCUCUGAAGGUAAAGCGGAAGAAACUAUUUUUAAUUGGAACUUUCUUAAUUUCAGCUUGGCUGGUCCUGGGGAGUCGGCGUCGCUGCCGCAGUCGUCUCGAUUAUUCUCAUCUUGGCCUCCAGUGGAUCAGCAUAUGGAGCAGCCAGAUCACACUAUUAUUGA